AUGAUUAGAGGACGACAAAUCAUAUUUCGAUGAUGCGUUGAAAGCGAGAGAUCUUGUGAAUGGACGCAGUUUGAAACAGAAUCCAAACGCGAAUGUCAAACAACGCGGUCGUUUCCGUAAUGAAGUAACCUGAUGCACGUUCGAACUACUUGCACAUGGUGUUUGGAUCGCCUCCUCAGUGUAAUAUUAUUACUACGAUAAGAUCUUGAUUGUAUGCGCGUGACGAUUUGUGUUGGCAAACAAACGCCAGUAGCAGCACUUGUAGUAGCAGUGGCUUCUUUUUUUCGUUAUAGUAGCAUUUUCUGUGUUGAGGAAUCUUUGACUGACUAAGCUCCAUGCGUGAAGCGAGGUUAGGUCAUACUACGCCAUCGAGGGCGUUCAGCACGUCACCGCUUACCGGCGCUUUGAGCCGGUCAGGGAACUCAACCCUACCGAAGUUUUUACUGUGCGGCUGCGACCGCUGGCAACAUCACGCGUACGAGACGUCAAACGAUUGGGAAAGUGGUGACGUUGCACGUGGGCACACGAUGAUAGCGCCAGCUCGAUCAGUCUGUGGGCGAUCUCCGUGCGAUGUCGGCGAAGAAAUGCCGCAGGCGGCUGUACGACCUCGAAGGUAUUCGUCGUUCCGCAAUGCAGUGGCUGCAAUCGAACCACCUUUUAAUAGGCCUUUACAAACAGCGACAGGACAGGCGCAUCGAAUUGAAGAACUUCUCCGACAUCCAAAUAUCGAACUUAAUGCUGCGGCUGCCAUAAAGGAUAGAACCUUUGAGAGGUUUUUGCAGAAGCAUAUCUCAGUCAUUACUUACCAGAAUAUCCGCUAUGAGGGCAAGCUGUGGUCAAUUGAUACGGCAAAGGCAACAAUUGAGCUGCAGAACGUUCGAAACAUGGGAACCGAACAGAGAGCGGCUUCAAUAAAGGUGCAACCAGCCAACGACUCUUAUAGAUUCAUUGUGUUCAACGUCGAUCUCAUCAAAAGUUUCCAGCCCCUCACCCGAGUUGAUGGCGCUGCUGAUCGCAAUCACAAUUUGUUAUCUUCUACAUCGACUCCCAUCAAAGAAACUAGCAAGAUGCUUGAGAGCAGAUACCUGUCCAGUCCGAGUGGAAGAGCAUACGCCUUGUCCAAGAGUGAUGGCUCACAGGGUUUAUAUGUUGCUACGCCAACUGCAUUAGUUCAAAAAUUCGCCGACCCUCCUCAAAGUGACGACUUUUGUACGCGCAGUGCCGAUGUUAAUCGCCCAGUGACAGACAAUCGAGCCGUUUGCGGCAGGGUCGGACCUCAACAGCCUGUGCAACAACAGCAGCAGCAACCGCAGCCGCAGCAGCAAGAACAACAACAAGCUAACCCAAGAGUAAUCGACAGUACAAGCAGAUUUAAUAAGAAGGCCCGUUUGAAAACCAAAAAAUAUAAGAGCAUCGACGGUGAUAGCGCAAGUCGAAGCAGCAAUUGCAGCAGCCACGCCAGUACCAGCAACAACCGAACUAACAUUUAUGCCACCUGUCCGGACUAUAAAGAACAAUCUUCAAAGCCUAGUAACGAUAGUAGUGCUAGGCGAGGAGUAGUCGGGCAGAAAGCGGGCAAAAAAAAAUUUAUACCAAUCAAUAACGCCCAAAGGAAUGAAAAGGGCGCGCGUCACGUAAGCUUCGUGAGUUCAGAUCCCAUAAAUGAAAACCGUCAUCAGAAUCGUCGAUUCACUCACAUUCCGCAGGUCCCACGCUGUUUCAUGGGUGGCCAUGGCGGACGUGGUAAUCCUUACGUGGGUCGCCAUAGCAACCGUUCGAGACAGAAAAACGGAUCGAGUUCCCAUACGAAAGUAUUUACACCUCUACGUCGUCGGCGUGUGGGGCUCCGUUUCAAGCCUGGAGAAUUUGCCAGGCCAAAGACUACUGUGAAGUUCUACGAGGAAUUCGAUUUUGACAAAGCACUUGAAGAGUUUAGGGAAUUGAGCUUGAAUGAGUCCAAAAGUUUGCCAACACAAGACUCGACAGAAGCGAGCCAGGAGGCGACCAAGCAUGACAGCGAACCCAGCUGUAGCGAAGGCGAUCUACCUAUAGAAUGCUAUAAUAGGGAGAAAUGUUUUUAUGACAAUCUCUCGAGAACGAGCGUCUUAGAGGGCCAUCUCCGCCGCUCUCGGAAGGAGGAAAUCAUGAUCAACAAGGAAACAUUUGGUGUGUCCUGGGUACCGUCCCGCAGGCAGUAUUUCAGUGUUCAUUCAGCCUUUCUUGGGAACUUCAGCGGCAGACGAUUUUACGGUGAGCGCCAGUUUGGUCGUAGGUCGAGCGCCAAUCAUUAAACAUUAUACAUCAUUAUUUUUGCCCGUGCAAGCAGCAUCGCACAGGAUGGCCUGGCGAAAUGACAUGGCCAGAUUUCAGAUUUCAACUAGAUUUUUCAAGUAGAACAGGCGAUGGUGUUGGACUGAUUGCCACUUCUCGCCAGUUUCGCUCCUAGACGGCAAUCGGAAGAUGAAUCCCCAAGUUUUCAUUGGAACGAGGAUGUUAUAACGACGGCUCUGCAUCUACAGCACCCUUACUUAAGGGCGACCACGUUUGUCAGUAGUUUCUAGGCCCUAUGGAUAUCGCUCGAACGACCAUAACAGCCUUGGGAAGUCUUUUUAUUUUUUCCAGCUUUAAAGUUCUCAAUCAUUCCAUAUCCGAUUCUGCUAUAAAUCCAGGUAACUAGAUUAAUCGUGUAAGACUGCAGAAACGGAUGUAAGCCACAUUGAGGCCGACAGCUUGGCUAGUAAAAGGCAACAAAAUAAAAAAAGUGAA